GCAUCGCACAAGGGUUGUUUAUGUUUGUUGGUUGCAACUGGUUGUCGAAAUAAAUUGAUUUAAAAAUGCCAAUUAUGUUUAAUACGGGAGAGUGGUUCAAGGUGCGCCCAGACUACUACAGAAAAGUGGAGCUUGAAACACCCGAUUGGCCAAACGAUUUGGACUUGGAGUACAUGCAAGUAGUGGCUUCACCCUAUGGGGGUCCCUUGGCUGUAAUACGCGACACAACAAAACUGGUGCCUGUCCGAGGCACUUCCAGGCCGAUGAUCAGGAUUUUCGACACCUCCGGCAAUGAGACGGGACACAUUUUGUGGAAUCAUGGCAAACUUAUUUCCAUGGGCUGGUCUGAUACGGAGGAUCUGAUUUGUGUGCUAGAGAAUGCCAAAGUGUUUGUCUACGACAUAUUUGGCAAGGAGAAGGAAUCGUAUAGCAUUGGUGGCGAGGCGAGCGUUAUUAAGAUUGUGGAGGCCAAGGUAUUUCAAUCCGCUGCAGGCACUGGCGUGGCCGUAAUGACAACAUCCGGACGCAUCUUCCUCAAGCAAAACAGCAAUAAAACCGAGCGAAAGCUGCCCGAUAUACCAAAUUCCAAUGCCAACUGCUCCUGCUGGGAGAUUGUGACCGAGGGUCGCAAUAGCUACUGUCUGCUGGGACGCGAACGGGAGGUUAUUAAGCUCCUCCAUGGUCAGACAGUCGGCACCGUGACCGCCAAUCUGUUUGAGAAGCCACACGAUCGGAUCAUCAAGAUAUCUGUCUCGUACAACCAUCAGCACUUGGCUCUGUAUACGAAUACGGGAUUACUCUGGCUGGGAAGCGUUGAUAUGCGUAAGAAGUAUUGUGAAUUUGAUACGGGUCGCAAGGAUUUGCCGUUGCAAAUUGAAUGGAUUAUGAAUACGCACAAUGCGGAUGCAGAUGCUGUUGUCAUUUCGUAUCCGUCAUAUCUAUUGAUCGUCAAUCGCAAUGCGGAUCGUAGUGAAUUCUCGUAUGAGGAUUCCGUCAUGUUUCUCGUCGGGGAAAUGGAUGGUGUGCGCAUAAUCACCCAGAGCUCUCACGAGAUGAUUCAACGUCUGCCAAAAUGUGUGGAGAACAUCUUUGCUGUUAAUAGUCAAGAGCCCGCCAGCUAUCUCUUUGAGGCCCAAAAGAAGUUCGUGGAGCAAUCGUACAAGGCCGAUGAAUACUUGAGCAUGUGCCGCACAAACAUUGAAUUGGCCGUAAAUGAGUGCAUCGAGGCAGCGUCCUAUGAAUUUUGCCCCGUCACACAAAAGAAACUGAUGAGGACGGCUUACUUUGGCAAGGGAUUCAUACUGGAACAUAAUCCUGACGAGUACUUGCGCAUCCUGAGGAUACUGAGAGUUUUAAAUACGUUGCGCAACAAGAGAAUUGCCAUGCAGCUUACCUAUAAACAAUUUAUGCAUCUGAAUCCGAAGCUCAUCAUAAAUCGCUUGGUUUUCCGCAAGAAUUAUGCCGUAGCCAUAGAAAUGGCCAAGCAUCUUAAAUUACCCGUCUCUGGUAUACUGGAAAAUUGGGCCUAUGACAAAGUCAUGAGUGAUCUGAGCGAUGGUGAAGUAACGCGGAGGAUUACGGAGAAAUUCAAAAAUCCCUCGGUUGAGGGCAUUUCAUUCUGCAAUAUUGCGGAGAAAGCUCACCAAGCCGGACGCGAUGCGCUGGCCAUUAAACUGUUGGAGCUGGAGCCGCGUGCUUCGCUGCACGUGCCACUGCUCCUCAAGAUGGGUAAAUAUGAUCGGGCUGUGGCAAGUGCUACACAGUCGGGCGAUACGGAGCUGGUCACAUCGGUGCUCCUGGACAUUAAGAAAAAAAUGAUGCUCACCAAUUUUUACAUGAUUAUACGAGAAUUCCCGUUGGCCCUAAAUAUGUACAAGAAGAUUAUGAUGGAAUCAAGUCGGUCCGCGCUUUACGAAAUUUACAACACCGAGGACGAUCACAAGUCCAUUGCCGAGUAUCACUUCUAUAAUGCCAUCGAUAGCGAGGGUGUGGAAUCCAAUUUAUCACUCAUUGGCAGCAGCUACGCCAAGGGCAGAUGCACUGUUGAGGCAGAACUUUGUACCGAUACUUUGCGACUGCUUAAGCUCCAGCGGACAUUGACUGCCAAGCGUAGCGAUGAAGUUUCCUUGAACGGGCUGUCAGUGCACGACACUAUGAUGGAGCUGUUGCGCAGGGGCGAUCUGAAGGAGGUAGAGAGAAUGAAGAGCGAUUACAAGGUGCCCGAUCGCCGGUACUGGUGGAUGCGCAUACUCAUCAUGGCGGAGAGGCUCAACUGGUUGGAGCUCGAGAAGUUUUCGAAGGGUAAAAAGAGUCCCAUUGGCUAUGAACCCUUCGUGGAGGUCUGCCUCCAGCAGGACAACAAGGACGAGGCCCGCAAAUAUAUUGCACGCUGUCCGGACAAACGCAAGGUGCAUUGGUAUAUGCGAGCUAGCUUGUACGAUGAGGCAGUCGAUUGCGCCUACGAGCAACGGGACUUGCACAGCUUGGAUGAACUGGCGACAAAAAUUCAACUACUCCAGGAUCAGGCACUGAUCGAGAAGACGUCUAAUUCCAUAGCGAUGCUUAAAGCAAGACGCUAAGGAUGUCCAACAUUCCCAAACAUAAUAAAGGCCUAAUUAUUUGAUACUUUAAUAAUGUGUUUUGACCCAGAGUCGCGUUAUUAUAUAAAUAUUAUAUUGAAAAUAUGUAUUAUAUAUUAAAUCGCUUGUAAUUUGUAACCAAAUAAACUUAAAUUAUUUUAAAUAUAUUGAAAA